AUGCAAUUUAUUUAAUUACUGCUAUUGUUCUUAGCUUCUGCAUCCAUUAAUGAACUAAAUUCAAAAAAUUUCGAAUAGUUUAUUGAUCAAUACCCUUAUGCAUUAAUACAUUUUUACAGAGGCUAUGAUUGUGAAAAAUGCAAUGAAGUUGACUUAGUAAUUGAAAAAGUUUCAAUCAACUUUAAAGAAAAAUUGCUUGGAUUUGGAAAAAUAAAUUGUACCAAAAACCCUUUAUUUAUUAAAAGAUUUGGAAUCAAUAAAUACCCAGCUCUUAUUUUUUUCAGAUAAGGAGAUGUAGAAGUUUAUGAAGGCUUAAAGUCAUAUACAGCGCUUUUUUAAUGGCUAAAAGAAAAUUUAAGGCCCCUAGUUCAUAUCAUAGAAGAUACUCGCUCAUUAUAAGAAUUCUUAACAGAAAAAGUUGCUUUAGUCUAUUUUGCUUCUGAGAAUGAGUUUAUUGAUCCAUUUAUCCUCAUGAAAAUGAAAGAAGUAAAUAUGAAAUACUCAUUGUUUUAUAUGGUGUUGGCUAAGUCGCCAAUCAUAAGAAGAGAAUUUGACAUUGAAGAUGGAACAAAUUUAGUGAUAUUUCCUUAAAAUGGAGAACCUAAAAAAUAUCAAGGAUACAUUUAAGAGUAUAAAUUUGAUUAAUUCUCUAAGCAUGGAAAAUUAUUUGAUCCAGGAAGCACUGCCAUUAAUUUAUACUGGAACAGAUUUGGAAAUUUAGCAUAUAAUGAAAAAUCAGAUGCCAUAUCUUCUAAUUUUUGAUGAAAUGAAUUAAGAUUAUGUUGAAAUAGCAUAGAGAAACCAAUAUUUUGUUAAAUUAUUUAUUUUUGAUAUCAAAGACACAGAAGCAAUCGAAAUAUUUUCUUAGCUUCUUUAAUUGAAGAUCAAUGUUAAUUAUAUUUAUUUUCAUGAGACUAAGUAGAGAUUAAAUUUAUUUAUAGAAACAAAAAAACUUAGUAAAUAACUAAAAAGGAUAUAUAAGUUGUUAUUUGGGACUAUAUAGAUAGAGAAGAUGGAAUCAGAUUUGAUAUUUGAUUAAUUAAAAAUUAUUUCUAUCAUUGGAG